GUUCGAGUUGCAGAGGAAACGCUGUCCAGUCUAGCUUUCCGUGGCCUCGAGACUGCAAUGUGUCUCGUGCGUGCGAGGAGUGGCGACUGUGGAACAUUCGUAAAGAGAUUGUAUAUCUACACCGGCCAUAACAACAGGUUCAUUGACCAUUUUUACGAGAGAGAAAUGAUGGACGUGCAGAACAGGGAGUCGCCGACGUAGAGUAGAGUCUGUGUGAAUAACGAAUAUGAGCAAGCUGACUCGGUGAGACUAAUGCUUCUGUUCUUCAAAGGACUUGGCGGAUACAAUACGUUCUGGAUAACACUGUGAUCUGAUAUUUUGUCACAGAAAGACUAUUCAUCACGUACUGAAAGAAAUGGAUGAAAAAUAUGACGAUUUCUUUAUACUGACGUACCGAGCUCUGCGAGAACACGUACCUGAGCGCCGGCACAGGAUGAGGGUAUAAGGUCAGAGGUUCAAGUCAGCGGCUUCGUGGGGAGCCCGGAGUCAGCCAGGGUCAGCUUUCGUCAGCGGGAUGACGGUGUCGAGUCCGGCCGAGAACCAGAGCGCCCCCGCGCCGCCCGGAUGGGCCUUCGACGUGUCCCGGUCGGGCGGAGGCUUCGUGCUGGCCGACCUGGAGAUCGAGAUGCCGGUGUGGGAGUUCGUCCUCUCGGUGGUCCUCCUCAGCACCAUCACCGUCUUCACCAUCGUCGGCAACGCCCUCGUCAUCCUGUCCGUGUUCUCGUACCGGCCGCUGCGCAUCGUGCAGAACUUCUUCAUCGCGUCGCUGGCCGUGGCCGACCUGACGGUGGCCGUGUUCGUGCUGCCUCUCGGCGCCGCCUACACCAUCCUCGGCAAGUGGAUCUUCGGCCUCCACCUCUGCAGGUUCUGGCUCACCAUCGACAUCCUGUGCUGCACGGCCUCCAUCCUCAACCUGUGCGCCAUCGCGCUCGACCGCUACUGGGCCAUCAGCGACGCCAUCAACUACGCGCAGAAGCGCACCCGCAGGCGCGUGCUGGUCAUGAUCGGCCUCGUGUGGGCCAUCAGCGUGGUCAUCUGCCUGCCGCCGUUGUUCGGCUGGAACGACUGGGCCGAGGCCUUCUCGCGCGACACGCCCUGCGCGCCCACCAAGCAGAAGGGCUACGUCGUCUUCUCCUCCGUCGGGUCCUUCUACUGCCCGCUCCUCAUCAUGGCCGUCCUCAACGUCAAGAUCUUCCGCUCCAUCCGCAGCAGGCUCCGGAAGCGCGCUUCGAGGCACAGCCAAGUGCUCGACCUCGGCAACAUCCGGUUCUCGCGGAUCGACCACCUCUCGACGUACACGGCACCCACGCCGACCCGUCCCGCCUCCAACGGGAUGCACGCUGGGCGCCCGGACGACGACGCGCUGCAGAACGGCGGCGCCAAGAGGAACGACCUCACACUCCCCGACGACGACAACGGGAUCCAGCAAGUGAUCCGGAGGACGCGGAAGAUCUCCCUGUCGAAGGAGCGCCGCGCCGCCCGCACGCUGGGCAUCAUCAUGGGCGCCUUCGUGGUGUGCUGGCUGCCCUUCUUCCUCAUGUACGUGAUCCUGCCCUUCUGCCGGACGUGCGCGCCCCCGAGCCCCAGGCUCAUCAACUUCAUCAUCUGGCUCGGCUACAUCAACUCCGCCCUCAACCCCGUCAUCUACACCUUCUUCAACCAGGACUUCUCGAAGGCCAUCGCCAAGAUCCUGAGGCGACCCGGGAAGUGAACGGCCGAACGAGGGAACGGCCGAACGGGGGAAUGGGUGAACGGCCGAACGAGGGAACGGCCGAACGGGGGAAUGGGUGAACGGCCGAACUUUGGAACGUGUCAACGGACGAACGGUUGGACUUUUGAACGUGUCAGCGGGUGAAUGAACGAUCAAUUGAAUCUAACGGGUGUUUCGAUCAUCCAAAGCCUGUGAUUAUCAGAGAUUAUCAGAAGCCUGCGUCGGGUAAUUCACAAGACCAGAAAUGAGUGAUUAACCGGACUGACGAAGGAACUGAGACUCCGGGAGAAAUAAUUGAUUAUAUUUUGACAUUGUGAUUAAGGUGAUUCUGUGGCGCGUGAGAUGGACUUUUUUUUCGUUCUGAUGAUAAAUAAAUAUUAAAAUAUAAAA